GGGGUUGGAGCAGUGACGUUAUCUGCUGCUGGAAAGAGGGAGGGAGAAAGAGGAACGGCUGGACUCCAUUAAGCCAAAGCCUGCGGGAAAACUGUUUGGGAUAACUUCACUUCUUUAGCGAGUUCUUCGGGGAUUUCUUAGUUUUUAUUGUCUAAAAAAGACUUUAUACAUGAUAUAAAGAGGGGGAACUUGUUCUGUACCGUGUAGUCGACUGUUUUAGUGUUUUUUUCCGUCUUAGUGAAGGAUGGCGUUGGACGGGAUCCGGAUGCCCGAUGGCUGCUAUGCCGACGGGACGUGGGAACUGAAGAUGCAUGUCACUGACCUCCACAGGGACGUGUCGCUGAGGGUCACUGGAGAAAUCCACAUCGGCGGAGUCAUGCUCAAACUCGUGGAGAAACUAGAUGUGAAGAAGGACUGGUCAGACCAUGCUUUGUGGUGGGAGAAGAAGAAGACAUGGCUGUUGAAAACCCACUGGACGUUGGACAAGUACGGCAUCCAAGCUGACGCCAGGCUGCUCUUCACGCCGCAGCACAAGCUGCUGCGCCUCCAGCUGCCCAACAUGAAGCACAUGAAGGUGAAGGUCAACUUCUCGGACCGCGUCUUCAAGGCUGUGUCCGACAUCUGCAAAACUUUCAACAUCCGCCACCCAGAGGAGCUAUCUCUACUGCGUAAGCCCCGUGAUCCCAAGAAGAAGAAGAAAAAGUUGGAGGAGGCAGAGGAGGACGAUCUGGAGCUGGAGGGUCCGCUGUUAACUCCUGGAUCAGCCUCUGAGAUAAUAUACAUCGGACCUGUCAAAGGGAGCAUCUACUCCAGUCCAGGAUUGUACAGUAAGACUAUGACACCCACCUAUGACUCCAGAGAUGGCAGCCCACUUUCGCCCACCACUGCCUGGUUUGGGGACAGCCCCCUCUCUGAGGGCAAUCCCAGCAUCCUCGCUGUCAGUCAGCCAAUCUCCUCACCAGACAUCCUGGUCAAACUCUACAAGCCCCAGUCCCUGUUGGACAAAGCCAAAAUCAACCAAGGGUGGUUGGACUCAUCCAGGUCUCUGAUGGAGCAAGAUGUAAAGGAGAAUGAGGUGCUGCUGCUGAGGUUUAAAUACCACAGUUUCUUUGACCUCAACCCUAAGUAUGAUGCCAUCCGAGUGAACCAGCUCUAUGAACAGGCCAAGUGGGCCAUCCUGCUGGAGGAAAUUGAGUGCACGGAGGAGGAAAUGAUGAUGUUUGCUGCCCUGCAGUACCACAUCAACAAGCUGUCAAUCAUGUCUUCAGACAACCACAUGAAUAACAGUGAGAAGGAGGUGGAUGAGGUGGAUGCAGCCCUGUCAGACCUGGAGAUUACUUUGGAGGGAGGGAAGACGUCCAACACACUGGGUGACAUCACAUCUAUUCCUGAGCUAGCAGACUAUGUCAAAGUCUUCAAACCCAAGAAACUGACACUGAAGGGCUAUAAGCAGUACUGGUGCACAUUCAAGGAUAUCACAAUUUCCUGUUACAAGAGUAAAGAGGAGGCACAUGGGACACCUGCUCACCAAAUGAAUCUUAGAGGUUGUGAGGUAACUCCAGAUGUUAACAUUUCGGGUCAGAAAUUCAACAUCAAGUUGCUAAUCCCUGUGGCUGAUGGCAUGAAUGAGAUCUGGCUUCGGUGUGACAUGGAGAAACAGUACGCCCACUGGAUGGCUGCAUGUCGCUUGGCCUCCAAAGGGAAGACCAUGGCCGACAGCUCUUACAACCUGGAGGUCCAGAACAUUCUGUCCUUCCUCAAGAUGCAACACAUGAACCCUGACCCACAGUUCAUUGAGCCAAUCACCACCGAUAUCAACCCAGAAUGCCUGGUGUCCCCACGCUAUCUAAAGAAGUACAGGAACAAGCAGCCAGGCUAUAUCAGGGACUUGAUUUCAGCGCGGAUCCUAGAAGCCCACCAGAAUGUGGCCCAGAUGAGUCUCAUUGAGGCCAAGAUGCGCUUUAUCCAGGCGUGGCAGUCCCUGCCUGAGUUUGGAAUCACUCAUUUUCUUGCCAAGUUCCAGGGUGGAAAGCGAGAGGAGCUGAUCGGCAUCACUUACAACCGUUUGAUCCGGAUGGAUGCCAGCACUGGAGAUGCUAUCAAGACCUGGCGCUUCAGCAACAUGAAACAGUGGAACGUCAACUGGGAGAUCAAGAUGGUCACAGUGGAAUUUGCGGACGAGCCCAGUCUGUCUUUCAUCUGUGCCGAGGUGGACUGUAAGGUGGUCCACGAGUUCAUCGGUGGCUAUAUCUUCCUGUCCACACGUGCCAAGGACCAGAACGAGUCUCUAGAUGAGGAGAUGUUCUAUAAGCUGACCAGCGGCUGGGUCUGAGCUGCCCCAAACCACCAGGGGUCAACGAUUGUAGGUCAGGGGCCAGGAGGGGAGUGGCUGGGGGGUGGAACCACAGUGUAUGGGGUUUAUUUUAUUCUAAUAUUUCUCAGUCUUUUUAAUUGUUUGGAACUGUGCUGAAGAGUCCAGAACAGCACUAAUAUUGCCAUGGCUGACACCGUUUUUAUUGUUAUAGUUUUUUGGGGUUUUUUUGCAUUAACGCUGACAAGGUCAUUUGUUACAACACUAAUAUUCUGGUGAAUGCAGUCCAGAUGAACUUUUGAACUUACGCUCCUGUGGUUGAGCAGAAGCCUUACACAAACCUGAACGGGGAAGUUUCUGUUGUCCUACGACCGCCUGCCUCCUCCCCUGCUGGGCUGAUGGCCAUCAACUUACGUCCAUGACAACCCUUUAAAACCAAUCAAACACCAGAUUUAAUCCCAAAGAAUCUUCUUUUUUUUUCUCUCUUCACUAUUUAUCACACUUUUUUUUUUCUCUCUUCUAGAACUGGACUAAAGGAGCUGACAUCAAACUGUCAGCUCCUUGUAAUUGCAGUGCCACAGAUACCUAAAGUUAUAUCUAAUUAUUUAUCCUAAAAGACGGACUUCGAAGAGUCCAAUUGAAAUGGUAUCUGUAAACAGCAGUUGCCACUGAUUGCAGCACUACAUGUCCAUCCUAUCCACUCUAUGAAGGGUUGAAUCUUUUUGAAGUCACAUGUUAGCACUUCUACAAUAUACAGUCCUGUUUAUGAAUAAGCUGUUGUUAAAUUUCCUUUUGCUUUUGAUGUCUGUUUUCUUUGUUUCGGAGCUUGUCCAGAGCCAUAGUCUCCUCUGGUGUCGAGUCUCUCUAAGGAAAUCUCAUUGUAUUAGCUGACAGGUGUGACAUAGAGAGCCUGAGUUUUGUUUUGUAUUUAAUUGACUGCUAAUAGUGAGCACGUCUGAAAACACACUACAGUUCAGUGCACUGGGAUGAGUGCCCUGUGGGUUUGAAAAUCUUUUCCAACUGAUGUAAAUGUCCUUGCUGCAAAAAUGUUCAUCUUAAAAAGUCAUUCAUUCUAGUGUUGAUCUAAGGUAGAUUACUAAUGUCACAAGGUAUCACAAGUUCAUGUGUAUUUGUUUUGAAGACUCAACAUGAAGCUACCUGACUUUUCAUUCAAGAUGUCCAUUAUCUUUUCCCAACUUUAGGCAGUCUCCUUUGAAGGAAAGGUGUUUUCAUCUUCUGACCUGGCGGUGCACAUUCAAAUAUUACGUGCCAAAGUGUAUUAAUAUUUUGCCAAACAUGUCUAAUUAUGGCUGCUGAUAAGACCACCGUUAUAAGUUGCUAAAUCUCAACAGCAUGUUUGAAAUUGCAUCCAGAGAUUUGAACUCCCUGACAUCUCAUAGCUAAGUGCGCGCACAUUACAUAACAGGAGGGAUCAUCACUCCAAGGAUCCACCUUUUACUUUUUUGCCAUUCUGUUUCUCACACCAUGUAGUAUUAUUAUUAUUAUUAUUAUAUUAUUAUUAUUAUUAUUAUUAUUAUUAUUAUUAUUAUUAUUAUUAUAUAAUCGUUACACACCAGCAAAAAGGUCACAGAGUUUGAAGAAUGAAUAUGCAACUUUUUUUUCUUCUGUCCUCAGUAUGAAGGAUCAGUGAAUGAAGUAUUAUUUUUUUUUGUAACUAAUGUAAAAACACAAACGUUUUAUAGAAUUGUACAGUUUUUUCUGCCUUUUGGGGGUUUGAAAGUUUUUCCUUUCAGUAAAGGGGGGAGAAGCAAUCUGUCAACAUGUGUAGUAUUCAGAAUUGUGCCUGCUUAUGUUGUGGUCUUACUGAGUUUUCAGAUGAAGAUAUAUAUGAAUAUAUAUGAAGAUAACACUAGUCUCAAACUCCAGGUUUGAUUAAGAUAUUUGUUGAGUACAUAUUGUAAUUUUUUUUUAAAUACAGAUACAUAUGCCUUUUCAAUGUGCUCUCUUUCUGCUUCCUUUUACUGAUUUGCUUCUUUCUCUUCUACCACUUAUGGAUCGCAAUGUCCAUUCAUGGCCCUGCAUUUGUUUUUAGCUCAUUCUUUAGACUGACAGUGAUACUUAAUGUGCAUUUUUGCUGCAAAUUUGAUUUGUUCAGCGUCUUUUUAAACUACUUCACUUAUUUGUCUGGUUUUGUCACAACUGAAGUGUGUCAUUUAAUAAUGUCCAUAUAUGAAGGAGACCCACAUUGUUUAGAUCCUGGAGUUUGAGACAAAUCAGCAAAAGUGAACAGAGGUGAGCGAAAAACCAAGCCUAGUCUGUUUUUAUUUUCUCUGAUGUUGUUUUUGUUUGCCUUCAGUGUCAGGAGCAGCUGUGCAUGUCCUGCUGUUCUGUUUUCUGACUGUAAAAAAAGCAUUUAUUUUAAAAAAUAAAGUAAUUUUUAUUUAAAAA